AUGGAGCUCAGUGAAUACGCGAUAUGUCUCAUCCACACAUUUCUCGUCGUGUCUCGCGUACCGCUAACGAAAACCACCACCACGUUUUCACCACCGACCGAGAUCACCAUCGUCAAGUCCACCGUCACAACCGCCGGCACGACCGAGACAGACGACGAGAUAAGAAUGCCGGCGGUGUCCUCAACCGAGCAGGUUAUGGAUCACAAUAUACGAGUGAGCGAUCUUCCCGUCGUGGACGAGCCGACGGACACGCCGGACCUCGAUUGGGACAAGAAUCGGCUGAUUCGUGACGUCGCGUAUUUUAUUCGCGCUCACAAGUUCCACGACUACGAUCGUCGGUAUUACAAGAACGUGGAAAAGGCCACGAGCAGGCUGUACGAGGAGUUCCCCAGGCCCGGGCUGAGAUCCCUGCACUGGGAAGUGCGCAAGUACUGCGACGCGAGUUUCGUCGAGUGCCUGAAGUAUCUCGAAAGGAUCAUUAAACUGACGGCCCUCAGGCGCGAGGACGACACCGUCACGGUCAUGAGGGAGCAGAAGUGGAGCCUGACGAACAAUACCGAGCAGAUCUUGGCCGUUCAAAGGGAUUGCCAGAUGGCCCAAAGGCGGGACAAUCUCACUAUGGUCCCCUUUCAGGGUCCAAUCGAGCGCUUCCAAUGGCGCACCACCGUCAGCUACUACAUGUGCUGGUACACGAUGCAGGGUGUCGCGGACUUAGCCGUCUUCGGCGAGCCCUGUGACAAUCACGCCAACUGCCUGGAUGAAUACGGCGUUCAUAACAAGGAUCCACGGGCGGACGACACGAAACCGUACGCCUGCGCCCUAUACAGUUUCUGUCCGGACCAUUGUUGCCCCAUGAAGCACAUCCGGUACAUGAAAGACUGUUUCCAGUCGGAGCGCAAUCCUUGCUACGCUGAGAAUCGGCCAGCGCAUCGAAAGUGCAGGCUGAAUCGCGAGGAGAAUCGCGACUUCCAGGCGCUGAGGUCGAAUCGGAUAAAUGUGAGCUGCGAAUGCCAUCGACCCGGCCACGAGUGGUCCUCCAGAUUCGGCAUGUGUAUAGACGUGAACGAGUGCGCUCGCGGCACGCACAAUUGCACGUUGAACGCAGGCGAGAGUUGCUUUAAUCUGCCCGGCCGUUACGCCUGCAUCUGCCGGCUCGGUUACGUCUACAGUCCGGAAAUGAAACGGUGCGUCUACAAUCUGGACUUCGACAGAACGUUAAAGGGCGACGAGGAGGAGCCAAAGGCCGCGGAAACGAAAGGUCUAUUAGAUGCAGUUAUCCGAACAAUCACGAGAUCCACUGGAAAUAAGCCAGCAAAUACUGGUCAUAUUUACAUUCCACUAAUUUUGAUCGCGUUAAUGUAUGAUGAGACGUAAGUUUGAAUGUUUAAUUUGAUUUUUGUGUUAAUUUGACUCCAUCUCCAGUGAAUACGUUGCACAGCAAUUUUCACUUAUGCUGAUAUGUUCUCCAAAGGAUCUCUAAUGAGCUGUGUUGUGAGAUACACGGAGAAAAAUAUUUUGCUGGGCACAGCAAAUUGUUAGUUAUUAUGGGGACAUAGUAAUAAAUUGAAAUCGAAAUAAUUGACAAAAAAACGGUUCAGAAAAAAGUUUUAGGAUUUGAAGGAGUACAAAUUGA